CUUUCAAGAAACGACGUCGUUUACAACUCCAAAGGGGUUUUAGCAUUUUCCCAGAGUUUCCAGUGUUUCACACAAAACCUCUCAUCACUCUUGAAAGCACUGUUAGUCCUUUCAUGUUAUCAGCAGAAAUCAGAAAAUUCUCAACCUUUUUUCUUUUAGUUCUUCAAGGUCGAAACAUUUGCUUAAUGUUUUGAUGGAGCUUCUCAAUCCUCCAAUGUCUAAAACCCCACAGCUUUUCUCAAGCUUCUCAUCUUUCACUCCCCGACUUUCCAUCAAAACUUCCAACAAAAAGCCCCUGCGUAGAUUACACAUAAUACCCUCAUUUCCUCUCGGUUUACCGUCACGAGGGACCAACGUUUUUCGUGUUUCAGCUCAUUUUAGUCGGAAAACGAGCCGCCGCAACUCUCUGAGGAAAAAACUCCUCGAUCAUCAAAAGGUGCGUGAAAAUCCCAUUCCUUUAAAUCCAAGUCCUGAUUUUCAGAACCCAAAUGGCGGUUCGGAAAAUUUUGAGAAAUUUAAUUCUGGUAGCACCAAACAGAUUGAAAUAGAUAACGAUACAUUAAAAUCAAAGCGUUUAGGUGAAUCUGUUUUGUUGAGUAAAUUAGAGAAUUGGGUUGACCAGUACAAAAAAGAUGCUGAGUUUUGGGGUAUUGGGUCGAGUCCUGUUUUCACGGUUUUGCAAGAUUUGGAAGGGAACGUAAAAGGGGUUAUAGUUCAUGAGGAUGAGAUUUUGAAAAGACUUGAAUUUGAAGACAUGGAGAAAGUAAAUUCUAAAGUUUUGUAUGCAAGAAAUUUAGCUAGAGAGAUGGAAAGAGGUGAAAAUGUGAUUCCGAGGACUAGUUCGGUAGCCAAGUUUGUGGUUACCGGUGAGGAGUCUGGUUUCAUAAGUGGAAUUCGCGGGGUUAUUCAUCGUCCUGGGUUUAUCCCAAAACUCUCAAGCUUUGGAACUUUGGUGCUUGGCGGUUUGAUUUUACUUUGGGCGGUGAAGUUGUUUGCUCUCGGAAAAAAGGUGGUGGAAUACACAGAAUUGGAGAAAGAAAUGAUGAGGAGAAAGAUAAGGUCUAGGAAAGGAAAAGACAUAUUGGAGAAGGGCAGUGUUGAAGUUGUUCAAGCAUUUGAAGAACCGCCGAGUUCGUCUUUUCAAAGGCCACUGCUGGAUAAGCAAGAACUUAUGAAUAAUAUACUAAAAGCAAAGGCUGCAAUGGAUAAAUUGGCAUUCCCAGAUUCUUCAGGUUCUCAAAGUAGCAAAUCUGAGGAUUUUGAGGGUGAAAUCCAGGAGAUCAAAUUGAUGGCCAAUGAAGCCCGGGGGAUUGAGGGUAGAGAGCAAUUUGUUGUUGCUAAGGAUGAAAGAGAAUGCCAGGCUGCAAACAAGGAAUUUUCUGAUGAGAUGCAGCCAACCAAAGAGGGUAGGAAAGAUGGGGCGAGUUUCUUGAGUAACCUUUCUACUGAAGAUGAUUCAGAACAAGGUGAAGUUAGCUACAAAGCAGUGGAGCCAAUUUCUUCAAAUGAACCAAAAGAUGACGGUGUUAAAUUUCUCAAUGGAGUAGCUUCUUUAGAUAGUAGAGUUAGGCUAGUCACUGAUGCUUCAAGUGUACAGUUACCAAAAGACGAGCAAAGCACUAAUGAGGAUUUAAAAAAUACGGGGAGUACUUUACCUGUAUUAGUCAAAGGAGAAUGUAACCAAUCCCCUGUUAUUACUGAUAAUGAAUCAUAUUCUGCAAAGAGCAAUGCUUUUGGAAAGAAACCUCGGGUUAUACUGUCAGUGAAGGAAGCUAGAGAGUUCCUUUCCACAAAAUCCAACAAAGAAAAACUUAACCAAGAACCUGUAGAGGAAGCUGUGCAAAAGAGUACUCCUGAUUUAAUCCUACUGAGUGAUAAAAGAUCAGGUACAAGUACAAAGCAGAUAAUACAUGCGAAGGACAAAAUGUUCCCCUAUGGCAUGUCCCGUGGAGAUUCAGAGCCUACAGCUUCUGAAAAUGCUUGUCAAAGUGCUAUUCAGGGGGACAAGGAAUCUAUGCUUAAGAAGGAAAAUGAUGAUGAAAAUUCUGAUGAGGAAUGCAGAGAAGAGGCUCAUCAACAACCUCUAUCUUCUUCUCAAGAAAGCAUUGGUAUGAGUAGAGAACAAGGGCAGUCAGUUAUGAGGGGAAAUUGGAUUGAGAAUAAUUUUCAUGAGGUUGAGCCUGUACUUAAAAAGAUUGGAGAUGGAUUUAGAGAAAAUUACAUGGUUGCUAGGGAGAAAGUUGGUGAACAAUUAAAUGUGCAAGCAGAGAUUAAACAACUUGGCUCUAAUGAAGAUGAAAAUGAACUCGAGUGGAUGAAAGAUGAUAGACUUAGAGACAUUGUUUUUCAGGUCCGAGAAAAUGAAUUGGCUGGCCGAGAUCCCUUUUAUUUGAUGGAUGCUGAAGAGAAACUUGCAUUCUUCCAAGGUCUGGAGAAGAAAGUUGAGAAAGAAAAUGAAAAACUAUCUCACCUCCAUGAGUGGCUUCAUUCGAAUAUUGAAAACCUUGAUUACGGAACAGAUGGUAUCAGCCUGCAUGAUCCACCAGAAAAAAUUAUACCACGCUGGAAGGGGCCCCCAUUAGAGAAAAGUCCUGAGUUCCUCAGCAACUUCCAAGAACAGCGUAAAGCACUUUUUACUGGAAAAGUUGGUAUGACAUAUCCAGCAAAAAGAGAUGGGCAAAGUUUCCUUCAGAAACCCACAGAAUCCCCCAUUAAUGAGGAUUUAGCUAUUUCCUCAUCGGAAUCAGAUUUGACUAGGAAAGUUCAUGAUACUGAUAAAAAGGAUCCCAAGAUAGUUAUUGAAAGCAGUGAUGGCUCUGUCAAACCUGGUAAAAAAUCAGGAAAGGAGUAUUGGCAGCACACAAAGAAAUGGUCCCGUGGGUUCUUGGAAUGUUAUAAUGCAGAAACUGACCCUGAAGUCAAAUCCAUUAUGAAGGAUAUGGGGAAGGAUUUGGACCGAUGGAUCACUGAAAAAGAGGUACAAGAAGCGGCAGAUCUUAUGAAGAAACUUCCUGAAAGAAACAAAAAGUUCAUGGAAAAGAAACUCAACAAGCUUAAAAGAGAAAUGGAAUUAUUUGGACCACAAGCUGUUGUUAGCAAGUAUCAAGAGUAUGCAGAGGAGAAGGAAGAAGAUUAUUUGUGGUGGUUAGAUCUUCCACAUGUACUGUGUAUUGAAUUAUACACAUUUGAAAAUGAGGGGCAGAGGAUAGGAUUUUAUGCACUGGAGAUGGCAGCAGAUCUUGAACUUGAGCCAAAACCACACCAUGUGAUUGCUUUUGAAGAUACUGGUGAUUGCAAAAGCUUUUGUUACAUCAUGCAGGCUCACUUGGAUAUGCUAGGAAACGGCAGGGCCUUUAUUGUUCCACAGCCACCUAAGUAUGCUUUUCGGGAAGCCAAAGCAAACGGUUUUGGUGUAACUGUGAUCAAGAAAGGGGAGCUACAGCUGAAUGUGGAUCAAACUUUAGAAGAGGUGGAAGAACAAAUAUGUGAGAUUGGGAGCAAGAUGUACCAUGAUAAGAUCAUGCGUGAACGCUCUGUGGAUAUAAGCUCAUUGAUGAAGGGCAUGCUUGGUGUUGGUGAUAAACCCAGGAGGAGAAGGUCAAAGAAUAAGCUCAAAAAGCCUUCCAAAAAUUGAAUUGAGGACCGACUUCAAAACUGACUACUUGAGAAGUGCCGGGUCAUUGAGGUUCGAAAUUAAUUUCUUUUCCUUGGUCUCUACUUGUAAUUCAAACAUUACAGCUUUCAUAAAAAAAAUCAUAAGUGCCUGCAAUUUUGUACAAA